CAUAUGUUGUUUGUCAUUUUUAGUGAUUGCAUACUACUAGAACCAAUCUUUCUCUAUGUCAACGCGAGCAUUAAGAAAAUUACAAAGACGCCAACAAGAAGUAACUUUUGAGUCGUCGGAUUCUGAAAGUGAUUCUGAUAAUGAUGUUUCUCGUCCAAAUCCUAGAAAAAACGUUUUAAAUCCAUUUGACAUAUUAAACGCACAGACCGGUAAAACUGAUACUAAUCUGGAAUCAGACGCGAGUGAAUCGGAAAAUGAAGUAGAAAAAGAAAAAGAUGCGAAAAAUCAUUAUGCCAAUGCAGAGCCCCAGAAAAAAGUGAAGAAGAAAAAACAACAAAAGAAAAAAAAAUCUGAGUCGACGGCCAAAAAUAUAACGGAGCAGGAAAACCCAAAAGAUGAUAAUACUGUCGAUGAAUUAAAAGAAAUUGAUGAAGCUGUCGCAGAAUUAAAGCUUAAAUAUGGUGACGAAACUAAAAGAACCACAGAAAGAGCUCCUACGGCAACUGAAAUUCCUAAUGAAACUAAAUUGAAUAAUGAAUUAGCAAAAUUAUUGAGUGUUAACAUAAGUUUUUUGAACCCGGACCUAGAAAUUCGGAAAAUUUUUGGACGAAUUGUUGAGAAAAGGCCAGUAAAUGCUGGACGUAGCAACGUCAGAAGAAGGAAAUAUGUCUUAGUACAGCCUCAAGAAGGAUGGCCUGUCUUGGCCAGAUCUGGCCUCAGUAUGCGCUUAAUCGAACAGACUCCAGACGGCCUAUGCUUUUUUGAACUUACCCAGAGUCGAGCGUAUCAGGAAGUCCAAGAAACGUUUGAGUUCUAUGUUCAAAUUUACGAUCCGAAUAACUUAUUUAUGCUUUUGCGCUCACAUCCAUUUCACAUUGAUACUUUGUUACAGGUAGCUGAAAUUAUAGAUCAACAAGGCGAUCACGAGUUGCCGGUUGACCUAAUUGCACGAGCUUUGUUUGCUUUUGACAGUGCCUUACAUCCGAAAUUCAACUUGGCGACUGGCAAUGCUCGUCUGCCAUUUCUUUUUCCCACUAACAGAAGACUGUAUCUUUGUAUUUGGCGAUACAUGCAAAGCUUGCAAAGUCGUGGUUGUUGGCGAACAGUGUUUGAGUUUUGCAAAGUUCUUUUACAAUUGGAUCCUUCUGAUCCUUACGCAAUUGGAACCUGUAUUGAUACUUAUGCCAUCCGUCGGGGAGAGUUUGGUUGGGUAGUUUACUUUGCCAAUUACCUCGAAAACACUAACCAAAUAACCAAAUUUCCAAAUUUCUUUUAUUCUUCGGCGUUAGCCAUGUAUAAGAUGUAUGGCGAUACUGAGGAAACUCGCAUUACUAUCCUUGCAGCAAUCGAGCGUGCUCCGUUUAUGCUAGGUAAAUUACUUGAAUCAGUAAGGUUGCCUUUGAAUCAACUUACUAUUCCUGAGCCUAAAGAUCCAGUGCAGGAAUUGAACUCAGAGCUUUACGCUAUGCGCGCUCACGACAAUUGGGCAUCUCCCGAUGUUUUAACGUUCCUACAAACUAUUUUGAAAACCGAGAAAUUUACCUUAAAUGCUGUUCAAGGACAAUACUCUGAUAUAACGGAAAAUCUAGCAAGACAUCUUAUUUUGCUAAACGAAAGAACCUUACAAAGAUUUCUGCCUCAACGGAUUCUACAGCGUACUAUUGUAUCGUUUGAUCCUCUACCACCAGAUAGUUAUACGGAUGAACCCCAAGUGUUUGGGCGUGAUACUUCUCGUCGUCUCGCUAAUUAUCUUAGCAAUACCUUGUUCAGGAAUCAAGGCGAAAAUGACGAUGACACUAAUAAUGUACAAGAAGCUAAUCAAGACCCUAAUCAUCCGGUUCAUCAGGAAUUAAUGCGAAGAUUAGAAGAAGAUUUGGGCGAUUCAAGUUCUCCCCAACGUCGAACGUUUAUGUCCAACUUACGUUCUUUCAUAGCUAAUUUGUUUGUAGCAACUGAUGAGGAAGCUGCCGAACAAAAUAAUGAAGAAUCUGAUGCUAGCGAGUUGCUGGAAGAAUCGGAUUAUCAUGAUGCUAUAGAUGAGUAACUGGACGAACUAUUAAAAAGCUCUGUGCAAUAUACAUCAAAAGGUUACUUCUAUAUUUUGUAAAUUUUUAUGAAUUUAAAAACCUUUAAAACUAAAUGUUCAGUUUUUAUGGUAAUUUCGUUUAAUAGCAAGUAUACGAAUAUAUUCAAAAUCAACAAAAGUAAGGGUUAAACAUGCUUAUUGUUCGAUAGGUAACUUAUGGAGCAUUAUUUCCAGAAUCACCGUUGUUCUGGUUGUUCCUAAAAUUGCGUGCCAAAUUUUGUAAUUGGGGAUUUCCGGCCAAGGAACUCAAAUCAGGCAUACCACCGCCAUUUUGGAAAUUACGAGCCAUAUUAGCAAUGUUGGGAUCACUCAUCAAGUUGUUUAAUGCUCCUGAUUGCAUCAUGUUUUGAGCCAUGUUCAUAAUAGCUUAUAAUCGGUUAGUUAUUUUCCAGCAACAUUUGAGCAUUUCACUUACCAGGAUUGCUCAUUAAGGAGCCCAAAUCAGGCAUACCGCCAGAAAAUAAAGAACUCAAAUCAGGCAUGCCUCCUGCUCCUGCGUCACGAGGCUGUUCAGCAGUAGAACCUCGAGCUUCAACGUCAGAUGAUGAGUUGACUUGAUUCUUGGCAGCUUCCAAACCGCGUUUCAAAACAUCAUUACUAGGAUCCAACUCUAAUCCCUUUGCAUACGCAUCAGCAGCAGCAGCAGCAUCGCC